UCACGCCUCCUCCUCCGCCAAACCAACAAGAGCAAAGCUUUGAGCGUUGGCUCGACUCGUUACGCGGAGAUACAGGGAACGAGGAGGCGAGGAUCGAGAUUGGUGAUGCCGGGGAGCGUAGCGCCUUUGGAUCUGGCGGGGGUGACGAUACCGCACCACUUCCGGUGCCCGAUCUCGCUGGAGCUGAUGCGGGAUCCGGUGACGAUGUGCACGGGGCAGACGUACGACCGGGCGAGCAUCGAGUCCUGGAUGGCGACCGGGAACACCACCUGCCCCGUCACCCGCGCCCCGCUCACCGACUUCACCCUCAUCCCCAACCACAACCUCCGCCGCCUCAUCCAGGACUGGUGCGUCGCCCACCGCUCGCUCGGAGUCGAGCGCAUCCCCACUCCGAAGCAGCCGGCCGACCCUUCUCUCGUCCGCUCCCUACUCGACUCUGCUGCCGCCUCAUCCUUCAACGCCUCUCGGGUCGCCGCGCUUCGCCGGCUCCGCUCCCUGGCGCGGGAGUCCGACAAGAACCGCGCAGUGAUCUCCACCCAUGAGACCCGCUCGGCCCUCGUGGAGAUCGCGUUCGAGGGUGGGGAACAACUAGAGUUACCGGAAGCGGACCAGCCGGCAUUGGAGGCCAUGGCAGUGCUAGCCAUGCUGCCGUUGACGGAGACCGAGAGCGUGGCGGUGGCAUCGCGGCCUGAACGGUUGUGCCGACUGGGGGAAAUGGUGAGAAGGCACACGUCAAUGGAGGCACGGAUCACCGCCGCGGCGGUUAUCGAGGCGGUCGCGGUGGGGGCGCGGUCGGCCGAGACCAGGGCCUCGGUCGGCGGGACGAACGGGGUGGUGGUGGGUCUGGUGGCGCUGGCGGAGCAGCGAGGGAACCCACGGGCGGUGCGGGUAGGGAUUCGUGGGCUCUUCGCUCUUUGCCUGGCGAAGGAGAACCGAGGGCGGGCAGUGGCGGCUGGGGCGGCCGCAGCGGUGGUGGGCAGGCUGGGCGAGCUGGCGUCGAGCGACGCGGAGCGGGCGCUGGCGACGGUAGAGCUACUGUGCCGGGUGGAGGGGGGCAGGGAGGCGGUGGUGGCGGGGUGGGGCGGCGGCGAGGCGGCGGUGGUGGCGCUAGUGAGGGCGAUGGCCGGGAAGGCGUCUUGGAGGGCGGCGGAGCACGCGGCAGGGGCGCUCCUGGCAGUGCUCGGCCCGUCGGAGGCACUACAGAUGGUGGCGGUGGCGGCUGGCGUAGUGGGCCAUCUUCUGAUGUUGGUGCAAGGCGGGUGUUCCGACAGGGCCAAGAGGAAGGCACAGCUCCUCCUCAAGCUCCUCCGCUCUGCCUGGCCUCAUUACGACUCCAUCGCCAACUCCGACGACUUCCUCCGGCCAUUCUAAAUACUCUCUCCAUCUCUCUCUAACCCAAACUUCUCUUCCAGUAGGAAUCACUACCCCCCUCCCCCCCAAAAAAAAAAAAAAAUCAAAACAAAAAGAUUAUUAAUUUCCUCAUCUUCACUUUCGUUCUUUUUUUUCCUUUUUCCCAAAAGAAAAUUCCAAUACAAUGCAGGAUUCUCUCUUUAUCAGUGUGUGAGAUGGGAGUGUUGAGGAAUGUGAAAUGUGGAUUGUUCCUUGGAUGACUGUAACUAUUGUUAUUGGAUUGAAAUGAAUGGACAUAUAAUAUAAUUGCA